AUGCUGGGACGUGUUCGGCUUAAAGACAGCGGCAUUAUGGACGAGGAGUUGCCCACCCUGCUGGAGACGACGUUUCGCUAUCUGGCCAAGAACCUGCACGUUGUCUGCAAUGACCCGGACCCGGUCACCCAACAGCUGGAGCUGAAGCCGGACGUCGUCAUCCCGAACGAAAUUUGUGAUAGAUUUUUACGCUACCAGCAGGACUGCGGCCAGGACAUCAAUGACCGGUUCAUCCAGAUUUUCCGGGACACGGAAAAGUCCCCGUUGCGCAACAUCCGGCUGCGCAACAGCACCAUCACGAACGAGGGCAUGCGCAUCCUGCUGCGACACAAGCUGAACUCGCUGUCGAUGUGGUACUGCAACAAAAUCACGACCGCCUCGUGGAACAUUCUGAUCGAGAACUGUCGGCAGCUGCGUUCCCUGGAGCUGGGCCGGUUCGUGGACAUGCUGAAGCACAGCGAGCCGAACGAGAAAACGCCGAUCGACUUUCAGCUGGUGCUGCCCCAGUUGCGCCAUCUGAUCCUGAACGGUGUGGUACUGCAGCCGUCGAUUCAGUUUGGUCACUUAUCGGAGCUGACGUACCUCGAUUUGACGGCGUGCAUCUUUGCAGAGUUCAGUUUGAAGGCGCUUAUCGAUUUGCCUAAUCUGAAAGCGCUGAUUUUGUUCAACGUGUGGCCACUGGAUCACGAGUUUCCUACGUUGUGCAAACUAAAGUCCUUGCAAACGUUGGACCUGUCGGUGUCGAGAGCGAACGUCGAUGGGAAUUAUUUGACGCCCAAUAAGUUGCUGUCGAACCUGGUGGAGAGUUUACCCAACCUGCGACAUCUGGACAUUUCCGGCACCAAUUUGGCCGGCGACGGGGUGGCGAUGAAAACCAACAACACCUCCAGCAGUUCGGACAUCCCGGGGUUGGCGAGCCGCGCCGAAAAUCCGCUGGAAUUUUUGGGCCUGUACUACACCGCACAUUCUGCAUGCAAAUGGCACGACAUUCCGGCCAUAAGGAUUGCGGGCGAAGCGACGGAGGAGCAAAUCUUGGUGGCGGCCUCGGUGUACCAGGAUCGCCACGAGCUGCUGACGAAGGUUCUCAAUGAUCUCUACCACCUGCUGCGGUUCGAGACCUGCAAGCAGAUUCACAAAGCGCUGGACGUCGUACUUUCCGCCAUGGAUAAGCACAUUCGUGUCAAGAAUAUACAGAUUAGUGGCAGUGCCACGUUGUUUUACAUUGUUAAAGGACGUAACAAGAUUCAGUUUGGAGUGCCGCUGAAAAACCAUAUCAUUCACACCCUGCUGAAUGGUAUGUCGACACACCUUACCGAUGACACAAUGAUGCGGAACGGCUGUUUGACGUUGUGUCAGUUUAACAUCCCGCAGGAUGUGCUUUUUGAGUACGAAAGAUUGGUUCGCAUUCUGCUGCACGGAGUUUCGUACCGCGAACAGGAAGGAUUCGUCCAGCGAAUAGCCAUCUACCUGCUGAACUCGCUGGCCUGCCAGGUGGACGGUAGCCAGAAGAUGUUCCUGGGGGAUUUGGGUGCUAUUUCGACCAUGCUCAACCUGAUCAGCGAUCGACUGUCGCGCAAAAUUUUCGACGAUGUGAUGGAGGUCGCCUGGUCAACCAUGUGGAACGUGACGGACGAAACGGCGAAAAAUUGCGAACGUUUUCUGGACGGUCGUGGCAUGGAGUAUUUCCUGGGAUGUUUAAAACUUUUCCCGGAUAAGGACGACCUGCUGCGCAACAUGAUGGGCUUGCUAGGAAACGUUGCAGAAGUGAAGGAACUGCGACCGCGCCUGAUGACACCGGAGUUCAUAACAGAGUUCGCCAACUUGCUGGAUUCGUCUAGCGAUGGUAUUGAGGUGAGCUACAACGCGGCAGGUGUGCUUGCGCACAUUGCCUCGGAAGGCGAAACGGCGUGGGCCAUUUCGAAGCCAACCCGGGACCGGGUGUUGAUUCGCAUGGUUGAGGCCAUCGAGCGUUGGGACCUUUCGGCCGAGCGCAACAUCAACUAUCGCAGCUUUGAACCCAUUCUUGGCUUGAUACGAUGCUACCACACGCCUGCCUGCCAGCACUGGGCCGUUUGGGCUCUGGCAAAUUUGACCAAAGUUUACCCAACCAAGUACUGCUUGUUGGUGGAAAAGGAACGUGGCAUUGAGCUGCUGCAGGAGCUGAUCGAACACCCACAGCCGUACUCUCGUUUGAAGGACCUAGCGAAUAUGGUGUUGAUGCACUGUCGCAACUUUAACGAUUCGCUAGACCAGUGCAAGAAGAUGGAGCUGGAUGGGUAA